AUGGGAAAAAUCAUUGUUUAUGAGCAUGCCAACUUCCAGGGUAUGUCCAAAGAAUUCCACACCAACAUUGCCAACCUAAAAGAUGCAGAUUGGAAUGAUUGUAUCUCCUCAGUGAGAGUAAUCGGCCAUCCUUGGGUGGCUUAUCAGCAUGCAGACUAUAAGGGACAGUUACUGGUACUUGAGGAGGGAGAUCAUGACUUUGUUGGCAAAAAGAUGAAUGACAGGAUCAGCUCUCUGCAGGUGAUCACUGAAAAUCUGCACCAUCCCCAGAUCACUCUCUAUGAGCAUGCUGAUUAUCAAGGGAAGAGCAGAAUAAUAAGAGAAGCAACCAACCUGACCAGGGGACACGACGAUAACACCAUAUCUUCACACAAAGUUCAGAAAGGUGUCUGGCUGCUCUGUGAGCACGGUGAUGGAAGUGGAUUUCAAUACAUUGCACGAGAACAUGAGCACCUUCCAAAUUACAAGGCAAUCAAGUUCAAUGACAAGCUUUCCUUCCUGCGCCCCCUGCGCCCUGGCUGUGGCUGUUAG